CAGCCGGUGAGCGGGCCGGCGCUGCUGGAACGGCCCCCGCGGCGGCCUGCGCGCGUUGGGACGGUCGCCGCUCCCCAUGUCGGCGGAGGCUCCAGCAGGCGCCGCCCGGGUUCUGGCGACGCGCGGGUCUCGGGACUACCAGAGGGCGGAGUUGGAGUUCAUGAGCCAGGAGCAGCUGGCCGAGACGUGCGCGCGGCUCUCGGGCCGGCAGCAGCUGAUGGGCGCUCUGCUCGGCGACCUGCACAACGAGAGGGUCAAGCUGCAGAGGCACCAGGCCAUGCUCCGCGACCGCAUCCAGCGCGUGGAGGCGACGGGCUCCGCCGCGGGCCGUGCCGGCGCAGGCGGAGCGGUCCGGGCGAUCGCGGCGGUCGGCCGCGCGCCGCCGUGGGCCGCCGGCGCCGCCAGCGCGGGCACCGCCGCGGGCGCCGCCGCGGCGCCGCUGGCGCCCUCAGGAGACCGGGUGCCCGUGGCCUCGGACCUGUCGGACACCACCUACGGCACGACCGCGGGGGGCGCGUCGUCGUCCACAUCACAGCCAGUGGUGAGCUGCGAACAAGGCCCG